GCACCUGCAGAGAACUCCACCGCACACACUAAAACAAGAGAAGGAGGAAGAACAGCAACUUCAACUAAAUUAAUUUGAAACAGCUGCUAGACCAAAGCCGCCAUCAUGUGUUGCUCCGGGUUACUCAAGAUCAUCAUGUUCAUCUUCAAUGGCGCCAUCUUUGCGGUGGGUGCUGCCAUUUUAGGCGUGGGUAUCUGGGUGACGGUGGAUGCUGCCUCUCUGCUGGACUUCCUGGAGCAUAUAGAGGACGCUCCUCCAGAGCUCGCUCAGCUGGGCAGCGAUGAGUACCUGCUCAUCGGCCUGGGCUCCGUCCUCACCUUCAUAGGCUUCCUGGGCUGCUGUGGGGCCAUUAGAGAGAGCCGCUGCAUGCUGCUCACCUUCUUCAUUGUCAUCCUCCUCAUCUUCAUUGCUGAGUUAGCUGGAGCCGUCGUGCUGCUGGUGUUCCAGCCAGUGGUGGAAAAGCUCCUGGAGGACAUUGGUGAGAAGGUGGGCGUCAGCAUAGAGCAGCAUUACGGAGGCCCAGACGAUGAAGCCUUCACCACCUUCUGGAACACCACCAUGGACACUCUGGAGUGCUGUGGCUACAACAACUACACUGACUUCGAUGGAUCGCCACACGUCACUAUGACUCACUUUUACCCAAUCGAGUGCUGCAAGGAAGGCACCGACUGUGACUUUGCUCAAGCAAAAGCAGAUAACGUCUCAGGCUGCUUCCCGAAGCUGGUGACCCUGAUUGAGGACAAUGCCCUGAUAGUGGGAGCGGUCGCCCUCGGAGUCUGUGGAGUGGAGAUUGCUGCCAUGGUGGUGUCUAUGAUGCUCUACAAGAAAGCAGGAAAGGACUAGUCAAUUGAAUCAGCCGGAAAGAGCGACUAGCCAAUCAAAAUCGCCUAAAACACACGGACAACCAAUCACAACAAUUCACCUCACUUGGCAGUCUGCAGACACUUGAUCACACACACACACACACACACACACACACACACACACACACACAC